UAUGGUUUAUUGCAGGAACAUAUUUGUCAUAACAACAAAAAUCACUCAAAAAAAAACAUGGGAACUUUUCUUGGCCAUUUUGUACCGGGUUUUGCACUAACAAUUCUCGGUCUAUGGCACAUUAUAAACACCAUCAAAUCAUACUAUCUCAAAGAUCCUACUAAUUUCAUCUCCAGAUUUUGGUACCCUUUUAACAAUUCUCUCCUAAAACUCAGAGAAUUGGAGCUAAUCCUCAUCCUAUCUUUUUCAGUUCUAGCAAUCAUCCUUCAAAUCCUCGACUAUCCCCUUUUCCAUCUCAGUUUCAAGCUCGACAACUUUGAGCACGCAACCAUGUUCCUCCACCUCGCGAUUUUCACAGGUUUUGCCUACUACGCUGAGUCGACUCAGUUAUCUGACUCAGUCUCAGGUCUUGUUGGAAUCAUGGCUGCAUCAGUUUUCGGUCAAGAACUUUUCCUGAUCCAUUUUCACUCAACUGACCAUGUUGGGUUAGAAGGUCAAUACCAUGGUUUGCUGCAACUCAUCGUGUCAGUCUCUUUUCUUACAUCUGUAGCCAUUACAGUGUUCCCUGCUAGUUUCCCUGCAUCACUUGUUCUUUCAGUUUCUGUUGUUUUUCAAGGUUGCUGGUUUAUUAACAUGGGAUUCAUGCUAUGGAUUCCUAAGUUUGUCCCAAAAGGUUGCUCAACACAGAUGGAUAAAACUAGCAGUAAUGAAAUGAUGCAUGGUUCAGUCACAUGUGGGUCCCCUGAAGCUGAUUUCAGAGCAAGAGCAUUGGCUAAUCUGCAGUUUAGUUGGAUACUGGCAGGGAUUCUAAUGUUUACAGGGUUUUCCUGCAUGAUUCUGGCUAGAAAACGUGUUCCGAGAAUCCGGCAAUUGACAGCUUAUGAACAGCUUCAGAAUAGGAGAUCUGAAUCUCCUAUAACUAAUGAUUGUUUCAAGCAACCUCUUGAUGUUUAGAUGUUCUGAUCAGUCUUUUUUUUGGGGUAAAAUCUGAUCAAUGUAUUAUAUACACUUGGCUUUGUAACUUGUUUCAAUCUGAAUCUUGUAGGUCCUGACAAAUGUAACUUUAUCUGAAUAAUCUGAUACUAAGAAGGAUCUUUAGAUCCUACUUGGAUCACUAUCGUUAAA